AACCGCGGGGCUGUUCCAAAUGAAAUGGCACAAGUGCUAAUACGCAAGGAUUAUAAACUAUCAAAGCUGCCUUCUUUAAAAAUCCCAGAAUGGGAAUGAAUGGGCGGGCAAUGAAUAGCGGAAGAAUUGUUCCCUUUUAUAACUGUCCCUCAAAGAGGCUUUCAGUGCCUCUUUCCCCUUCAGCUGAACUCUGUUAAGUACUAGGUGUUUAGGCGUGAUCAUCAAUCCGUGCCCGCAACGAGGCUGUCCUUUUGACGAUCAGCUCUUCUCUUGUAAUUGAUACAGCGCACAAAACCUGAUUCACUGCGCUUACCUCUGUAAGCUCAACGAUCAACAUUGGCGCCAAUGCGAUAUCACCACCGACACCUCGACCACUGCCACCACCAGGUCCAACCUACGACAGGCAUCAUCUGAUCUGCUAGUCGACACCCACAACAGGGUGGGCAAAGGAAGGUUAUACCUUCAGGAGAUAACGGCGCCGAGACAGACAUGCUUGCAGCGUUGCAAUCGCUCUGCUACAUGCACAUGUAGAUCAGCUGUGUGUAACUUACAGCAUGCCGCUUGUUGACAAGUUGUCACGGAUCUUGAUAAGAUAGUCCAGCUCAGUUCCUUCACCUGGUCACCUGUACCUCCUUAACCUCUUGCUUCCUGGAACCAGUUUGUCCCUGUACAAAACCAAUGGGAAUUACAGACUCCAGUCAUCAACAAGUUCCUUUAUCCAGGGAUUGCCUAACAGUUUAUAGUGUUUUAUCAUACCCUGUCUUAUGAUCUCAUUCCCGAUUUGUGGCUUAUGUUUUCUCACUCAUCUCGAUCGCCAUAUGAGGAUAUAAUGGAUUAUUACAUGGAAUGUGAUGAUCCGGCCACUCAGUCGCUACAGAUCAAGUCGGAGCCUCCCGACACCGGCUACGAGAUGCUCGCCCAGUCGACGGGCAACCCCUUCUCACAAUCCCCCACCCUCGUCUCCCCGUCCUCCACCUCGACGUUACCCUCCCUCUCGAUGAAAGAACAGUCAUCGCCACAGUCGAUAUCAUCGGACGGCAGUACGGGGCCCUCUGGUGUCAAGAAGAGGAAAGGUCCGGCGCCGCGCAUGGACUUGGAGCUGUGUUUAGUGUGUGGAGAUAGGGCGUCGGGGUUCCAUUAUAACGCCCUCAGCUGUGAGGGAUGCAAAGGUUUCUUCCGAAGAAGUAUAACAAAGAAUGCACAGUAUAAAUGCACGAGAGGAGGUAACUGUGAAAUGGACAUGUACAUGAGAAGAAAAUGCCAAGAAUGCAGGCUUAGAAAAUGCAGAGAAGUCGGCAUGUUAGCAGAAUGUUUGUUAACAGAAGAACAAUGUAAAUCAAAACGGCAAAGGAAGAUGAUGAAGAAGCAGCAGCAGAUCGACCAGAGUCCGCAACAGAGCGAAGAGGAGAGCAUUCCGCUUCUGACUGACGAACAGAGAGAGGUCAUCGAGAAUCUUGUCAGCAUACACAAAGAGUUGGAGAUUCCUGGACCAGAGGACCUCAAGAGAGUUACGCCGUGGAAAGAAGGCCAAGGUCAGAACUCACAAGCCAACGGUUCCAAGUCGGUUCAGGCUUCAGAUAUAUAUGACGCAUCAAAUCCAUUACCCGGGCUGAUGCCUGUGUUAAACCCCAAGAAAUCGUCAGAAGACGGAGAUGGGGAUGAUCUUGACGAUCAGGACAACGAUGCUCUUCAUCUUCGUUUCGCUCACAUUACAGAACUUACUAUCCUAACCAUUCAGCUCAUCGUGGAGUAUAGCAAACACAUACCAGGUUUCCUCACGCUCAAGAGGGAAGACCAAAUAUUACUCCUAAAGGGCUCUGCCAUUGAAGUAAUCAUGCUCAGAGUAGCCCUGAGGUACGACCGAGAGCUCGAUGCCAUCAUGUUCGGCAACGAGAUGCCGUACACACGGAAACAGCUCCUGGAAGGCGGUAUCGGGGACCUGGUCGACCCCAUGUACAACUUUGCCAAGAGUAUGUCAGAGCUGGAGCUGGACUAUGCAGAGUUUAUUCUUCUAAUGGCAAUCACGAUAUUAUCACCAGAUCGGCCAGCCAUCAUCGAGCGAGAGCGAGUGGAACAGAUGCAGGAGACGUACCUGGACAUGUUGCGUUCGUACCUGAAGCUACGGCGCCCUCACGAGGUCCUUCUCCUCCCCAAAGUUCUGAUGAAACUGACAGAACUCCGAAGUCUAAACAAUAGCCACUCGGAGCUCUUAUUCCAACUCAAAGUGAAGGAUCAAAAGAUCCCGCCCCUCCUCCAAGAGAUCUGGGACGUGAAAUGACAACUAUAGCCGUUCCUGUUCUCGUUCUUAUUCUUGCUGCCAAUCUCGUGGACCUCCUGUUCCCUUUCUGACUCGAGGAUCAAGAGAUCCCGACCCUUCCCCAAGAGAUCCCAGUCCUACCCCAGGGGGCAUUGGAACUGACAUGACAGCCAAUUCUCUUUAUACCAUCAUCCACAUCUCUGCCAAUCUUUAAGAACUCUGAACCUUUCUCACCAAUCUUCCUAUCCACGUCACCGUCUUGACCAAGACAACUGAUGUACAGAAUCCACAAAGUCGUACAACCCUUAAGAAUUGUAGUCAUUGGGAUGACAGCCAUAUCAUCAUCCACAUCUCUGCCAAUCUUCAAAACCCUGAACCUGUCUCGCCACUCUUCCUAUCCAUGUAGCCAUCUAUAAAGUGACCAAGACAACCAGUGUACAGUAUCCACAAAGUCAUGCAACCUGUAAGAAUGUUCCUACCCUGUCCAGUCUUGUGCCCUUUGAGAAAUCUUGAUAUGGAAACAAGGUAUAUAAAAUGCUGCCAAUCCUUAAAUGGACAAAUUUGGUAUGUCUUGGUGUGUAAUCUUAUAGGUGUUAGUACCAGUUUGAGUAUCCUUCCAUGUUGUUUCUGCAGUGCAAGCGCUCUAGAGGUCUAUAUUUACGGGGAAAUCUUCCUUGUGGUAUCUGAAGGAUUUGUGAAUGGGAACAAACUGCUUAAUCUAAAUGGAAUCUUCUUGUGGAAUGGUGCGUCUUCUGUAAGAAGAACAUGGUUUGGAUAUCGCACAAUAUAUGGAAUAAUGUUGAGAUUGAUUGGGAAAUAAUGUAGGACGCCUUCCAGCUCCGUCAGGUAGUAUCCACAACCUCGAAGGCCACUGGUGACAGAUCAACCUGAUGGACAUCAAGGAAUUAUGCAUAUUGUAGAGUGGAACUACACUGAAAUAGAUCAGAGAGGUCUACUAAAGCUGGAGCAAGGAAAACUUUGGAAGUUCGUUUGGACGAUAGAAAGUUGGAAGUGAUAUUGAGAGCUUCGCAUCUAAGACAGAUCAUUGAAUAGACAUCACUUUUUUCGUAGUUCAAACCUCUCAGGAGAUCCUUGGACUUCAGGUGAUCAUUGAUAUCAGUGUGCCAAACAGUGAUAUCACAUUGAGCUCUUGCUUUCUUGAAUGAUUGGAGCUUGUUAGGCAAACCUAAAUCGCGUUGAGAGAGAGAGAGAGAGUCGUGACAGACGCACAGUUGUCUGAUCAAAUAAGUGGCUCUCCAAAUAGUUCCAUUUUAUUGGGCAUAGCAAGAAAUUUGCAUUAAUUUUAGAUCAAGUGCAAGUCACAAAAUCAAGAAUAAGUUGGCAUUGCAAGAAAGUUGAGUUGGUGUCGUAGGUUUCACAGUAGACAUGUAUCUUUCUUGGGCAAGUGUUGGUCCUGAAAAGGACCACCCAAACUUAUCAGGACCAACACUUGCCCAAGAAAGAUACAUGGUGUACUGUGAAACCUGCUACACUGUUCUUCUUCGCCAUGGAAACCUUCAGAAGUUACAUCGAAAGUUGAGUUGUAAUAAAAUGCAAAUCAGCUGAGAAUUUGUGUUUCAUAAUGGAAGGACUUAUUCUUAAUUUUCAGGAUUUGCACUUGAUCUGGUAUUAAACGCAAGUUUAUUGCAGUACCCCAUUGGAUCUCACAAUAAGGGAACAAGGCAAACAUUUAUGAUUAAUUGGAUUUGUAAAAGGCGGAACAGAUGUGGACUCUCUCUCACAAAGCAUUAUGGGUAAACUUGUAGAAAGUCGGUUCAACUUUGCGUGUUUUAUUGCAGGAGACGGGCUAAACUAAAAACAUUGACAUCUCACUGAAAUGUUUGUUUUCAAAGCCAUCCUCGUUAUUACCAGAAAUUUUCAUCAUAUUAUCAUGGCAAAAAAAUAUUUUUAUACAUUUUUUGCAAGAUGCAAGAUUUCUCAUUUACUUCCUAAAGCAGUUGAAUAAAUUUAACUUGUAAAUGCUUCAUACUUAUUUCUAAUGCGCGAAUUCAGAUUGUUGAAGUUCUACCCAAUUUUUUGCAUUUUUCAGAGGUAAUAUUUUUUUGCUAGGUAUAUUAAAAAUAGCUCUACUUUUCUAGUUAAUAUAAUAAAUCCAAUGAGUUCCAUGUACAUUUAGAUUUUUAAUGUAAGAAUCGUAAAAAUGAAUAAAUUCAAACAAAAUUUUUGUGCCAAUACUGUUUCUCCUCGUGUGAGGCUACCAAUUGAUGUCUGCCUAGAUUCGUUAUUUUUAAAUUUUCAAAUUAUUCCAAUAAGAAAUGAGCUGUAUAUUGAGCUUUAUUGUCAUUCAAGGGUUAUCGUCUGUGUUUUCUGGUAGAGAAACAUGCGUUUGAUAUAGAUAUUGGGAUUAUAUAUUAUCUGAAAUAAACUUCUUAUCUCUUAAGAAUAGAGAAAGAAAAAUCCUUGUACAGGUGAAGGAAAAAAAAUGAAUAAAAUGCAAAGAAAAAAAUGUGUUUGCAAAUUGACUUGUAUAAAAGGAAAAUGAAAUACUGUUUAGAUGUAAGUAUUUUUCCAGUGUGAUUUUUGUGAGCUUAAAAAAAAAUAUAGUAUGAUGUAGAUUUUACUAUUCAUGAAGGUAUGUAGAGAGAAAAGCAGGGAUGGAAUUAAUUGGCUGUUUUCAGGCCGGAACUCUUGAGAGAGUUUUUUUUUUGUAGAUGCAGCAAGAAGUAUAUAGCAUUAUCGACUAAUAAUACUAAUGAGAAUAAUAUUGAAGAAACAGCUGUUUUUGUAUACUAGUUUGGAGCCACUAGAAGUGGUGCUUGUGUUGGUCUGUGUACAUUGUAAAUAUUCUUGACUGCAAACAGUUAACCACCUAGACUUGAAAUCCAGUUGUUUUUCCACCUAGCACUUUCGUGCUUCCAGACUCUACAUGGACAUUGAUUUGAC